CAAAUGCCGCCCCACCAGGUGGGAUGGGGGGCAGGAUGGUAGAAGUCCGCACGGAAACCAAAAAUCCAAUAAGGCCAACUCUGUGUGUGUGUGAGAGAGUUGUGGGCUCCUGGCCUUGCGUGGCCCGCGAUGUCUUCGGGUCAGGAGUUCAGUUCGCAUUCGUCAACCGUUGCUUCAAGUUUAAAUGAACGAUGGCCAAGCUGAAUCCGAUGCAGCUCUCCAAUCCUCGGGCGAAUGUAUUUCUACUGGUCAACCUUGGCUGUGAGAUGCUCUACGUGAUUGACCAGCGGUUGAAGGCGCAGAACAUUGCUGAGGAUAAGUCGGUGCAGGUCAUCCACGACAUAACCACCGUGAUGUUAGAGCCCAAGUUUAUCGACUCCCUGCUCAAUGGAUCCAAGCACACCAACGCCCAGCUCCUGACCGCCGAGCACUGCAAAUUCAUGCUGAAUGACAUCGCCACCUGCUCCCUGAUGCGACUGGACGAGCAGUCGAUGGCCAAGCUGUGGAAUCUCAUGACCAUGGUCUACAAAUGGCAGCUGUUUGUGUCCCGGCACCAACAUCACCUCCUGGAGAUCACUUUCCGUCACCUAGAAGCCAUCAACAGGCUAUAUCCUGAUGCCAAACGUCACAUGCUGAUCGACUUUACGAAGAACACCCUAUUGGACUUUUGGAACGCCAGUGGGGAGGAAGCCCAGCUUUCCAUCUAUCAGACAAAUCGAGCUUGGCUGCAAUGCUUCAAUACGAAAAUAUCACUGCUGAUCCGAUUGGGUUUCCAGGCAAUGGAUGGCAGCUUCAUUCCUGAUGUGGAUCAGGAUUACUUUGAAGAUUAUGUCCAGUCGGCUGGGGAUAAUAUUUACGUAAAGAGUGCUGGACAGCAGGAGCAGCGGUCCAAACGGGAAACCAAUAGCAUGGACCAAUUGGCGGCUCAGCUAAACAUCAAUCCGUCGUCCGGCGAGGAUCUGCAGCCCAUUAACGCCCGCCAGUUCCAGCAGCAAUUCGAACAGGCAUUCGGCAACGUGCUCUUUGACGGGCCGACGUCCACAUCCAGCUCUACCGGAUGCGAGUUUGUCCAGCUUCAGCCAACAACUCCAUCGGGUGAGUGUAAGGGUGGCGGAUCAAUUCUAAACCAGAACCUGCUCGACUUGUACAGCAAAAUGCACUAACUGAUCAGUUAGAAAAUGUUGUAUUUCUUGUUCAGUUGUUUUUGUAAAAUAAUUUAUAAAAACGCCAUGAUUUGUAUAGUUCUUGUUUCUUUUUUUGUUUUUGUUUUCAUCGAAGAUAUUGUUGUGAUCAAAAAAAUAAAUCAACGUUAGAAUUUUGAGCUUGCGACUUGUGAAAUGUGUGUGGGAGGUGGGGAGUGGGGGGGUAUAGGGUUUAUGGUGCAGGGAAAAA